CUGCACUACGGGACCCUCCUGGGCAGCAGAGCUUGUGCCCACAUGGCAGCAGCUGCCUGGGCCAGUGGUUUUCUCUUUUCACUGCUGCACACAGCCAAUACAUUUUCAUUGCCCCUGUGCCAUGGCAAUGCCCUGGGCCAGUUCUUCUGUGAAGUUCCCCAGAUCCUCAAACUCUCCUGCUCCAAAUCCUGCCACAGGGAACUUGGGCUUCUUACUGUCAGUGUCUGUUUAGCAUUUGGCUGUUUUGUGUUCAUUGUUUUCUCCUAUGUGCAGAUCUUCAGGGCCGUGCUGAGGAUCCCCUCUGAGCAGGGAUGGCACAAAGCCUUUUCCACCUGCCUCCCUCACCUGGCUGUGGUCUCCCUGUUUCUCAGCACUGCAGCAUUUGCCCACCUGAAGCCCCCCUCCAUCUCUUCCCCAUCCCUGGAUCUGUCAGUGUCAGUUCUGUACUCGGUGGUGUCUCCAACUGCAUCAAUGAGGAGCCGGUCUCUUGGUGGCUUUGAAGGAACUAAAUGGUCUCCCAGCUGA